AUGGCUACCAUUAGCUUCUGUGGUUGUUACGUUAGUAACACUGAGAUCAACGGCGCGAUCGUCCGACAAUAUCUACCACAGGUUUCCCUCAAAGCUCAUGCUAAGAUUCUCUCUUCCACUGCCCGAACUACGCUCACCCAGAUCUUCGCCAACCCAUCAGAUCAGAUCUUGGAGGAGGUAUCAUAUACCUUGCCUCUUUACGAUGGCGUCAGUGUCGUGGGAUUCCGGUGCCAGGUUGGCUCGCGUCUGCUUCACAGCAAGGUGAAGUCAAAGGAGCAGGCCAACGCCAACUACCAAGAAGCGGUUGCUAGCCAGGAAACGGCGGCAAUAAUGGAUUAUUCCGAUAGCCAAAGGGACAUUUUUACCCUGCGCCUCGGCAAUGUCCCCGCCAAGGAGAAAAUUACUGUUGAUAUCACCUAUGUCGGCGAGCUCAAACAAGACUCCCAGAUAGAUGGGAUUCGUUACAUCCUGCCCAAUUCUAUAGCUCCCCGCUACGGAACCCCGAUGGCUGGUUCUGAGAAGUUAUCAUCUGCAUCUGGAUUGCCCGCGAAUCUCCAAGGCAUCUCUAUCACAGUUGAUGUUCUGAUGGAAAAGAAAUCGAUUAUUCGAGAGCUCCAGUCUUCAAGCCACUCCAUUCACGUUGCACUGGGUCGAAAUUCUACUACGGCGGUCCAGGAUACCUCAUUUGAGUCUUCUCAAGCAUCUGCUACUCUGCGCCUUUCAAACGACAGUCAAGCUCGCCUAGAACGAGACUUUAUCCUGCUCGUCAAGGCCGAUGGACUUGAUGAUCCUCGUGCAUUGCUUGAGACUCACCCUAAAUUUCCUGGUCAGCAAGCAGUGAUGGCAACAUUGGUGCCAAAGUUUAGCUUGCCCCCAACAAAACCAGAAAUCGUAUUUGUUAUCGAUCGAAGUGGAAGUAUGAAUGACAAGAUCGCCACCUUACAAUCUGCCUUGAAGAUAUUUCUCAAGUCUUUGCCACUUGGGACUUCCUUCAAUAUUUGCUCCUUUGGAAACUCUUAUUCUUUCCUCUGGCCAUUCAGUAAGAUUUACGAUGCGUCAAGCUUGAGUGAUGCAUUAUCAUUUGUUGACUCCGUAGAGGCCAACAUGGGCGGUACGGAAAUGCAGAGGGCAGUGGAAGCCACUGUCAAAAAUCGCCUCCCCGAUAAAGAUUUGGAGGUUCUUAUGCUUACUGAUGGACAAAUCUGGAACCAGGAUGCUCUCUUCACUUUCAUUCGCAACGCUGCCGCUGACAAUACCGCUCGCUUUUUUUCUCUGGCCAUUGGUGAUCUUGCAUCGCACUCCUUAGUGGAAGGAAUUGCACGGGCGGGCAAUGGCUUCUCGCAAUCUGUCCUCAAUUAUGAAGAACUGGACAGGAAAGUGGUAAGAAUGCUCAAGGGAGCCAUCACCCCUCAUAUCUAUGAUUAUAAGCUGGAGGUUGAAUAUGAUGGCAAUGCCGAUGACGAAUUCGAAGUUGUGGAUACCGAUGAGCCCAUGCUAGAUUCUGAGACUAAAGCCGAGGAAAAUGCUUCGCUGCCAACGGAAACAACCUCGCAACAGCCUAUCUCGCUCUUUGAUGCCAAUUUCAAAGAGCCUGAUACUAAACUCGGUGUUCACCCGGUGACAGAUGAUGCGAGCCUCCCCAAAAUAUCGCCUCCCAAGGCUCUCCAAGCUCCUUACAAAAUCCCACCCCUUUACCCCUUUAUCCGGACCACUGUGUACCUUCUCCUUGAUCCUCAAUUUUCGGAGCGGGUACCCAAAUCCCUCACUUUCAGUGGCACUUCCAGACAAGGCCCAUUGAAACUGAACAUUCCCAUCGGUGACUCUGUUGAGGGAGAGACAAUCCAUCAGCUUGCGUCUCGGAAAGCAGUCAUCGAGCUGGAAGAAAUGCAUGGCUGGUUGAUCGAUGCCCAUGAUGAUCAAGGUAACUCAUUCAACCAACUCCAUUCUGCCACAAAAGAACGUAUUGCCACCCGCGAGUGCCAGGCCCUGGGUAUCAAGUAUCAAGUUACCGGAAAGUACUGUUCUUUCGUUGCACUUGAGCACGAAUCCGACAACCCAGCCAUAGCGAAAGAAAAGGACGUUUGCGAAGUGAUCGAGACUGGAGCCACGCUCCCUGACCGCACUUUCAGGAAAUACAAAAUCAGAGCCUCCCGGGGAGGGACUUCUUUGAAAAGAAGAUCUGUCAUGGCACCAACACUAGCUAUGGCAUGUAUGGCCCCGGCCUCUGUUCAUCCACGUCAAGCACUUGCCACUCAGCAACAGCAGGCACAAGCAUCAUUCGGAGGCCAUCCCUCCAGGCUUUUACCCCUCCGACAAGCAUCUGCCCGGAAAAUGGGAGCGCCCAUGUCCUUUUUCGGACAGUCUUCCUCUGAGAGGCCAUCGGAGGGCCAUUUCGACUCUAACCAGGCGUCGGUAGAAGAAAUUGGGCAAGCUUCUUUUAGGCCCUUGUUUGGGUCCUCUUCACAAGGGCCACAAAGAAUGUCACCCUCCUUUUCAGGACAAUCAUCUUCUGGAGGGCUAUUCGGCAGUGCUCACUCUAUACCACCUGAGUCCUCUGUUGUAUCAAGCGUCCAUGCCCUUGUAGCCUUGCAAGGCUUUGAAGGAAACUGGGAAUGGAACCAAGAAGUCUUCAGUAUCUUGGGCGACAGCCUGAGUGAAAUGAAGACCAAAGUCUUGAGUAUUCUCCAGAAAGCUGACUUUACGUCUGAGAAAGAAGCAAGUGUUCUGGCCACCCUCUUGGUAAUGGGAUUCCUCAAGAAUCAACGCGAAGACUCGCGAAAUGUGUGGGAAUUGGUAUACGGUAAGGCUGAGAUAUGGGUCAUGGGUAGAUUAACACUGAUGGGAGACGUCGGGAUGUUGAUUGAUUCUCGGAAAGUCGAAAUCAUGUCUUUAUCUUGA